AUGAGUGGAAUUAAUAAAGGAUUAAUUGGGAGAAUAAAUGCGAAAAUGGUGGAAGAAAGACAUGAAGCACCUAUGAUAUUUCAUUGCAUCAUACAUCAAGAGGCAUUAUUUUGCAAAGUUUUAACAUGGAAAGAUGUAAUGAAUAUUGUAGUAUCGACGGUUAACUACAUACGCAAAAAUGCUUUGGCACAUCGUCAAUUCAAAAUAUUUUUAGAAGAAUGCGAUGCUGAAUAUGGGGAUGUAAUAUAUUUUUCCGAAGUAAGGUGGUUGAGUAGAGGUGUGGUUUUGAAACGGUUUUUUAUUUUACGAAAUGAAAUAAAUAUUUUUAUGUCAGAAAAAGGUAAAAUUGUACCAGAAUUAUCAAAUGAAAAGUGGGUUCUUAAUCUGGCAUUUUUAACUGAUAUAACAACUUUAUUAAAUGAGCUGAAUACAAAACUACAAGAUUUUAAAGGCAUUAAAAGUUUUGCUAAAAAAAUGAUUACUGCUUUUGGUAGCACAUAUAUUUGUGAGCAGACAUUCUCAAUACUUAAAUUCCGAAAAAAUAAAUAUUGUUCACGGUUAAGCGAUGAACACUUGAAUGCUGUUUUAAGGAUAUCAACAUCCAAUUUAAAAGCGGAUAUAAAUGAAUUGAAUUAUAUUAGGGAAUCAAAGCCGCACACGAUUGCUGAGAACCUCAUUCUACCCGCUGCUAUUGAUAUGGUCAAUAUUAUGAUAGGUGCAAAAGAAGCAAACAAAUUAAAAACUAUUCCACUUUCAAAUGACACAAUAUCAAGACGAAUUAAUGAAAUGUCAACUGAUGUGCACAAUCAAAUAGUACCUAACUAA